CGCCAUUGAAAUCUCGCGAGAUGACGUGUCGGAAGCUAUCACCACGUGGGUUUGUGUAACAUGUUAGGAAAUACGUUCAGUGCCAUUUAAUGCACAGACUAAAGCACAGCCAUGGCGGGAUGGAAGAAAAAGUUAAAAGAAGCUGUGAAGGUCAUCAGCUCGGGUAGCCUCCUGUUUGCUUCCUACCUCACUGUGGUUGGAGAUGAGCGUUUCUAUGCCAACCAGCUGAUGCCCCUGCUGCAGAGGAUUGUGGGGCCAGAGACGGCCCAUGUGCUGGCAGUGAAGGUGAUAGGUAUGGGUCUGGUUCCCCUGAACCGCUACCCAGACCCUGCAUCAUUGGAAGUGAACGUCCUUGGAUUGAAGUUCAAAAACCCAAUUGGAAUUGCGGCCGGUUUCGACAAGCAUGGAGAGGCUGUUGAUGGCUUGUACAAACUGGGCUUUGGUUUUGUUGAGGUGGGGACAGUCACUCCCAAACCUCAAGCGGGGAACCCAAAACCACGCGUGUUUCGCCUCACUGCAGAUAAUGCAAUUAUCAACAGAUAUGGAUUCAACAGCUGUGGUUUGGCAGAAGUACAGAUGAGGCUGAAGGCCAGGGAAGAUACACAGCAAGGGCGAAGUAAAGCUGGCCUUCCCCUCGGCAUCAACCUGGGGAAGAACAAGCUGUCACGGGACGCAGGGGCAGAUUACCUGGAGGGGGUAAGAGCACUGGGCUCGCUGGCUGACUACCUGGUGGUCAACGUCAGCAGCCCUAAUACACCAGGUCUACGAGAUCUACAGGGGAAGGCUGAGCUCCGCCAGCUACUACACACGGUGUUGAAGGAGCGUGAUGCCCUCCAGCAAGAGCGCAAACCUCCCGUUCUGGUGAAGAUCGCUCCUGACCUCACUGCCCAAGACAAACAAGACAUUGCUGACGUUGUCACUGAGCUGGGAGUAGAUGGUUUAAUGGUGUCUAACACCACUGUGUCCAGGCCAGAGACACUUCAGGACCCAAAUAAGUCUGAGGUUGGAGGGCUAAGUGGAGAGCCUCUCAAAGACCUCUCAACUAGGACAGUCAGAGAGAUGUACAAGCUCACCAAAGGUCAAAUACCAAUUAUUGGGAUUGGUGGUGUGGCUAGCGGGCAGGAUGCGAUGGAUAAGAUCCGUGCUGGUGCUUCAUUGGUUCAGCUCUACACUGCUUUGACCUAUCAGGGUCCGCCUUUAGUGACAAAGAUAAAACGAGAACUGGAACAGCUUCUUAAAGAUCAGGGUUUCAGCAGCGUGUCUGAGGCAGUUGGAGCUGAUCACAGAGGAGCAGAUGAGCCGACUCAUAAGCAGAGCCCGCAUUAAGAGAUGGGAAAUGUUAACACGGACACUCGUACCUCCUUUGCCAAACACCAUCGUCAGAUUUUCCUGAACUGUGGCAAAUGUGGAGUAUUUAUUAUCCGUCCAUCUUGAUUUCCAGGGUGACAUUAUCAUCACGAUUUGUUUUUUUUGUUUUGUUUAAAACAAACAAACAAACAAAAAACCCAAAACAAUAAGUGAAUAAUGAGUCUUUCAUAUUGUCAUCACCUGAGAUCUGUACCUUGAUUUCAGACAUUAAUUUUUGUUACAGUGUAACAGCACUUAGUGUUUCUUUCAUGCACACUAAAUGAAUUACACUUUCCAAGCCUCCGCAACUGAUUUUAAUGAUUCAAAAUUUUCUUCUGUGUGAAGAAAACAAUUAUCAGUGAUGAUGUAUGUUUAAAAUGGUAAAAUAAAUGUCCUCCACUUUAGGAACUGAAAUGUGCAUUCAAAUAUUGACACUGUAUUAAUUGCUGUACCUCUGAAUAGAUACUCUUUCUUCAUGAAUAGAGUAUAUAACCUUGAAAAGUAUUUCUGAUGGUACUGCGCAAAAGUGAAAUCAAAGACAUUAAUGACUCCGAUGCCAACAAGUUCUUUAUUUUGCUAUGAAACAGCACAGGAGCAUGCUUCAAGGACUUGAAGCACCACCAUGAAACAGUUAAAGUCACACAGAAGAAGAAUACCCCAAACCUGACAACUGAAAUGCACUAAAUAAAA